AUGAAAGGCUAUGAUACACCAGAGACUCGCCAAGACGGGUUUGAGCCCAUCUCCGGGAUGGAGGAAGGUGGUGAGCGGAGAGAUGCGGUGAGGGGAGCAAUCGGAGCAGAGAGUGGCGAUGGUAAAGAUGGGAAGGAGAAGCCCGUCGGAUCUAGAGGGGAGCCAUCGGAGCAGAGAGUGAUGAUGGUACCGUUUUAG